AUGAUCGCCCAAAGUACCAGAUUAGCCGCCGCCGUCUCUUCUUCAGCCGCCUCCGCGGGUGUCUCAAGGAUAGCCGCUAGCGCCAUGGCCAGCACUAUUUUCAAGAGAUCUCCGGGCAACUCGUUCAACUCUUUUAAGGAAUAUAGAGAAAAUGCCAAGACAUAUGGUCCCUUGAGUGCCUCACUAGCUACCAGAAGACACUUGGCUCACGCGCCAAAGUUGUAG